AUCCAUCCAUCUGUCUCUAUCUGUCUGUCCCCCAUCCGCAUCCACAUUCAGUCGUAUUGACUGGCAGUCGCUUGAGUAUAGUCAAGUGUACCUUUAUCUUAUCUAUCCAAUUGGUAUCCAGCAUCCGUCCAUCUGUCUGUCCGUCCAUCCGUCCAUCCAUCCAUCCAUCCAUCCAUCCAUCCAUCCAUCCAUCCAUCCAUCCAUCCAUCCAUCCAUCCAUCCAUCCAUCCAUCCAUCCAUCCGUCCGUCCGUCCAUCCAUCCAUCCAUCCAUCCAUCCAUCCAUCCAUCCAUUCAUCCAUCCAUACUUCUGACACAUUGACAAUAACCGAGGAUAUCCGUCCAACCAUCUAUUCCUUUAAAGAGUCUUUAUGCUAGUCCACUUGAUGUCUGCUUUCACUUUUUUAUCUUUUGGAUGUCAGAGUUGGAGUUUAAUUCUGUAAUUCUACUCUUAAUUGAACUUGCGGCCAUGUCAAGGACCAAUAGAGAGCAGAACAUAAGAGGUACAAGGGGUGAUUGGCCGACUUGAACUUGGACUCUAAUUGGUGUGUGUGGGGUCAGUGUGCGUGUGUGUGUCUGUCUGUCUGUGUGUGUGUGUGUGUCUGUCUGUCUGUGUGUGUGGAGGUAUAAAAAGGUCAGAACAGGUGAGAGGCAUGUUUUAUGUCUGUCUGCUCGUGAGGGCAGAACAGCAGAGCACACACCGUCACUGGAUGCUUCACCUCUGGAUGGUACACACACACGCACACACACUUAAUCGAUGUCUUGAUGGGACUGCUUCAACACGCUGAAUCAUGAGCAGUGAGUUUUUAUUUAUUCAUUUUUUUUUAUUGGGAAAUUGCCUUGAACGUAAGCCAGCUAAUUGGAAGAUGGACGAUUUGUUGUAAGCCAAAUUGUUCGACGGGAGCUUGUUGUCCUAGUACGUUUUCACAAGGCGGUCCAAAAUGAAUAAAUCUCGAGGUGUGAAAUGCUGAACGCGCUUCCUCCAGUUGUACAGAAUUUCAAAGAUUUGUAUCAUGUUUUGGUGAUUGUGCUGUCAUUUAGCGAGAAAUAUUUACCCUCUCAUUAUAAAAACAAAUUAGAAGCCAUUAAUAAUAUGGAACAGGAAAUACAGAAGGGUCCAAACCUAAUAUUGCGCUAAUAAUAUCUCAUCAAAUAUUUUUGUGGGUAAUAAACAAAGAUAAAUAAAAGGAGGCUGGAAAAAAAAAGUCCAAGGAAAAACGAUAAGGACUCCGCCUUUUCUUGGGCGCAUAUGUUCGUUUGUUGAGGCCGAUUGACGGGAAACGUUGUAACCUACUUAGAUAAGAGCAACCGCCAUGUGCGCCUCUUUACCACACUGUUGUGUUACUCCACGCAACUCCAAACGUUUCACACGAGACCUCCCUCCUGGACCAAGUUCUGGAACUGAUUAUGAGCGAGAAGCCGCCAGCCACCAGCGCUAGUCUUUUCUUAAACGAGGACGCGGAAAAAGCCGCCGUGCCCGAGCCGACGGACUUGAAGAGACGAGUUUGCGCGGCCAUGGAGAGGAAAACAAGUAUCAUGAAGGAGAAAAUAAGCUCCAUCAGCAAGGAGGGCGUCAAAGCUUUCCUCAAAAGGAACCUUUUCGUUUUAUUCACCAUUGUUGCCGUGGCUGUGGGCAUCGUCCUAGGCUUCUCCCUGCGCUCCCAUGACUUGUCCCUGAGAGAGAUCAAGUACUUCUCCUUUCCUGGGGAGCUGCUGAUGAGGAUGCUGAAGAUGCUGGUGCUGCCUCUCAUCGUGUCCAGCCUGGUCACAGGAAUGUCCUCCUUGGACAGUAAAGCGUCCGGUAAAAUGGGCGCCCGCGCCGUGGUCUACUACAUGGUGACCACCCUGAUCGCCGUCUUCAUCGGCAUCGUCAUCGUGAUCAUCAUCAAACCCGGGAAAGGCAGCAGGGACAGCCCCGUAGCCAAAAGCGGCAAUGUGGAACUGGUCCAGGCUACUGAUGCUUUCCUGGACCUCAUCAGGAAUAUGUUUCCACCUAAUCUUGUGGAAGCUUGUUUCAAGCAGUACAAAACCACAUACAAGAGGAUUGUACACACAAGGAACGUGACGGUGAGACUGAACCUCACUGACACUGCAAUCAACGUGACGGACGCUAACGUGAACCUCAGCAGUGUGCUUCACACCAUAAAGGAGACUUUGGAGGAGACGGUGCCCAUGCCGGACUCCUCUGAUGGCGUCAACGCUCUUGGUCUGGUCUUCUUCUCUAUGUGCUUCGGUCUGGUCAUCGGCAACAUGAAGCUGAAGGGUCAAGCUCUUAGGGACUUCUUUGACUGCCUCAAUGAAGCCAUUAUGAAACUGGUGGCCAUCAUCAUCUGGUACGCCCCGGUGGGUAUCCUCUUCCUGAUAGCGGGCAAGAUUGUGGAGAUGAAGGAUCUGGCAGAGAUGGGCGGCCAGCUAGCGAUGUACACCGUGUCGGUCAUCGUAGGGCUCCUCAUCCACGGUCUCUUCGUACUGCCGCUGCUCUACUUCCUGGUGACCAGGAAGAACCCCUACAGCUUCAUCGGCGGCCUGCUGCAGGCGCUCAUCACAGCUCUGGGAACCUCCUCCAGUUCUGCAACUCUACCCAUCACUUUUCGCUGCUUGGAGGAGAAUAACCACGUGGAUAAACGGGUGACCCGCUUUGUUCUCCCCGUGGGCGCCACCAUCAACAUGGACGGCACGGCUCUGUACGAAGCCGUGGCGGCCAUUUUUAUCGCUCAAGUCAAUGACAUGGAUCUGAACUUUGGACAGAUUCUAACAAUCAGUAUCACGGCAACCGCUGCCAGCAUCGGAGCAGCAGGCAUCCCUCAGGCUGGCCUGGUUACCAUGGUGAUUGUAUUGACAUCGGUGGGACUGCCCACAGAGGAUAUAACCCUCAUCAUCGCCGUGGAUUGGUUCCUAGACCGUUUGCGUACCACCACCAACGUGCUGGGCGACUCUCUCGGGGCGGGCAUUUUAGAGCACCUCUCUCGUGACGAAUUGCAGAAUCAGGACGAAGAGGUGCGCAACUCCGUCAUCGAAGAAAACGAGAAGACUUACCAGCUUAUUUGCCAGGACAACGACAUUGUGCGUAAUCACAACAGCGAGACCACAAUGUGAAAGCUGCGGUUUGUCCAGUAAUACCGGGCAGAUGUCAUUUUCCAUGAAAUAUUUUUGAGGCUGCAUAGCUUUCCAAUUAGCAGUGCGAAAUAGCACAGACAACAACAAAAACUACAGUAUGUGACGCUGAACUCGGACCCAAGGAUUUUUCAUAUUAGUGAAUCCGCUCUUUGCUAGACAAAAAUACGCUUUUUUGUUUUGGCAUCUUGAGGGCAGAAUGCCGCGCUGCCCAACAAAGCAGGACGGGGAAAGGCGGCAGGGUCAAAGUCACACGCACUGAAAAGAGAGAUAGUCAAAUUAGGUCAGAAGAAUGACGUCACCAAAAACAACAAGUUACAGAAAAAAUGUAAUGUUGCGAUAAAAUAUGUCAAAUUUUCCACAAAAUAGAGGUUAGGCUCCAAAUUGUACCUUCCACGUUGGAGGGUCAAUUGUUUGUCAUUAAUCAUCAAGACUACCUCUAAUAGAAACUGGAUGCGGAAUGUAACAGUAAUCGUGCAUAUUGAAUAAAUAUUAUUUGAUCCUGUUAAGGUUGCUUACAUGCCGUGAAAUGUGAAAGCACUUGACUGUUAAACACUGGACUUUGCUACUCAUUGUUUUAAAUUCUAGUGACUUGCCAGGUUGUGGCUUCUUGUGAAUGUUAAUAUUUUUUUGCUCUACUAUUACUUUUUAAGACUGUACUGCUGUGAACUAAUUUAAAUACACAGGUAAGAUUGUCUGUAAAGUUUUUGAAGAAGCACACUAUUUUAAUGUUUAUCAUAUUCUGUUCAUGGAUGAGUUUGAUGGGAAAAUAUUUUGUUAUUGUGAAUGUUAUUGUAUGUGCAGUAGUUUAAUCUUUUUUGUGCUGAACGCUUCAUGUUAAUGUAAUAAUUCAGAAAAGUGUCAAUGUGGGCUUUAGUUUUAAAAUGAUUCAUGUAGUUGUAGUGAAAAGGGGUUCCCCCCCCAAAUUGAUGGCACAAUGUGAUUAAAUAAAUGGCUCAGGAAUUCAAA